AUGAGUUUUGAACUCGCACACAUGACUGCUCAUUUGCCUCAUCAAAGAGAUUUCGUAAAACGUACGGACAAUGACAGAACCGUUUCAAAGACUCCAAACAAGAAACACUGUUUUUCAUCAUUAUCAUCAUUUUGGUUUGGUCUGUUGAUAGGCGGACUCACUGGUGGUAUAAUAUUGGCUGUUAUACUCACAUUUUAUAUAACAUCAUCGUAUGAAAAUGCAUCGGGAACAGGUGCGAUUGGGAUAACUACAGUCAACACUGCUGUUUCUACUUCUUCAACGAUUAUCUCAACAACAACGACAACUCCUUUACCAGGAUCGACAGUUGUCAAUUCAAUGAAUUAUGCUCGAGCUCAACAUUCCGCAUUUGUGCUAACGAAUGGAAAAGUCUUAGUGACUGCUGGGAGAAAUAGUAGUUCCGCUCUAAGUUCCUCCGAGCUAUACGAUCCAUCUACAGGAAUUUGGACACUAACUGGUAAUCUGGAUUUUGCUCGAUAUAAACAUACAGCAUCGAUCUUAACAAAUGGAAAAAUAUUAACUGCCGGAGGAUACAAUGGCAGCGUUUAUACAUCUAAAACUGAAUUAUAUGACCCAUCCACAGGACUAUGGACAAUCACUAAUGUUAUGAACAGCAUUCGAUAUACACAUACAGCAUGCAUAUUAGCAAAUGGAAACGUCUUAGUCAGCGGUGGAUAUAAUGGUGGCGGUACAAAUUUAAAAAGUGCUGAAGUGUACAAUUCAUCAUCAGGAGUAUGGGCAGUUACUGGUGAUAUGCUCUAUAUUAGACGCUUACAUACAUUGACUCUGUUAUCGGAUGGACGUGUUUUAACUGCUAGUGGAUAUAAUGGAAGUGUCGCUUUGGACACCACUGAAUUGUACGAUCCAUCAACAGGAACAUGGACACUCACUGGUAAAAUGAAUUAUGGUCGAUAUUAUCAUACCGAGUCGAUAUUAACAAAUGGAAAAGUACUAGUUAUUGGUGGACACAAUGGUACUGCUCCUGUCGAUAGUGUUGAAUUGUAUGACCCAUCAGUAGGAACGUGGACACUUACGGGUAAAAUGAAUUAUGCUCGUUAUUGUCAUACUGCAUCUGUAUUAUCGAAUGGAAAAAUAUUAGUUAUUGGUGGAUAUAAUGGCACAACCGCUUUAAAUACCACUGAGUUAUAUGAUCCAGCAACAGGAGUUUGGACAGUCACUAAUAGUACAAACUAUGCUCGAUAUUGUCAUACAGCAUCUAUGUUAUCAAAUGGAAAAAUAUUAAUUGCCGGAGGGAUGGGUAGCAGUGGUUAUUUAAAUACUGCGGAGCUGUAUCAACCAUAA